UAUGGCCGCCGUAUGAAAAUUGUGAAAGAAGAAAAUUUAACGCCGUGUUUGCAAAUUAAAAAGGCAACAAAAACUAUAAAGCGUGCACGCAAAAACGUAAAAAUCUUUUUGUGUGUGUGUGUUUGUGAGUGUGUAUACAAAAAUAAUAUUAAAGUUUAACAUAAGCUAAAGUGUUUUGCACGCGCGAGUAAAUAACGUUUUAGCACAAAAGAUACGCGUGCGCGUAGUUGCGCGCUUACGUGGCGUAGAACGCGGUAUGGCAUCGCGCAGACGGCCAGACUUAAAUCCGAAACUGCACAUGGAUAGACAGCCGACAGCUGCACGCAUAACAGAUCCGUCGUUACCAGCUGGCAAGCGUCGCGAAAUCGACAACGUUAUGAAAAAGGCACGGGCCAAUACCACCAACGAUUACUGGGAUAAGAAACUCAUUGAGGCGGAGGAGAAGGAUCCGAAUCGUUGGCGUCACACUGGCUACAAAAAAAUGUACAUACAAGGCGAAAGCAGCUCUGGCGACAGCGACCGCGAGCCAAACUAUUCACGUUACCCAGCCGGCGGUGGGUCCAACAACAAUAGCUCUGCCCCACUACCACCGCCUCCAGCAUCCUCGUCGCGUUACGGCCGCUCUCGUUCGCCACACUCGCGUAGUCGUUCGCGCUUGCGCAAGUCUCCGCCGCUGUCGCCGCCAGCGCAUCCACAUUCACGUCGGCCAGCUAUGUUGCCGCCCUCGCCCCAUCAUGCUGGACCACCAUCGUCAAUGCGUGGCCGGCCACGUUCUCCGCCAAUGCCAUCGCGUGGCAUGCCGCGUUCCCCAAACAGUCACAGCGAUAUGAUGCGUCGUCAUGGCAAUGGUCAUGGACGCCCGCGUUCGCCACCCGAGCCAGCUGCCGGCUCAUCUUCAUCGCAACAGCUGGGCCGCAAGCCGUCCUCCAGCAUGGACAAACGUGGUAUGGGACCAUCGCAUAUACUACCGCGUUCCAAGCGUCCACCCUCGCCGCCGCCAAGACACUCGGUACGUUCGCGUUCCAAUAGCUCUAUGAGCAGCAGCACUGAUGAUUCCUGCUCUCUUUGCUCGCCCAGCCAUCGCCAUCAUAGAUCUCGUAACUCUCGUGGUCCGCGUUCGCCGCCACCAAAACCGCGUGGGCAUUAUCGAGGCCCCGGUGCACCACAACCACCGCCAGAUUCUCAUGGUCGCAUGCAUGGUCGUCCAACGACACCGCCGCCGCCGGUUCGUGGCGGUGGUGGCAGUGGUGCUGCUGUCGAUAAAUAUCGCGAAGGUAAAAUGCGUCACAUAAGUCACGAGACGGAUGCGCAUAUGAAAGCCGGUCGCGCGCCGCGUCAUUCGCCUCCACCAGAGGAUCCGCGUCUCAAGCAUCGUCCACCAGAGCCACCAGAGCCAGCCGCAGCGGCACCAGCAGCCGCACCGCAGCCCAAGAAGAAAAAGAAGGAGAAAGAGCUGCGAGCGCGUGUUAAAAUUGAAGGUGAGAAGCGCAAGAAGAGUGCAACGGCGACAACAAGUGGCAGUGGGAAUAACGGCAAUUCAUCAUCGGACUCUGAUGAUUCGGAUGAUAGCGAUGAUUCGCCACCAACAAUACUGCCAUCAUUUUCGGCAUCUACGCGUUUAACGCUAUCGGAGCGUUUCGGCAAAAUGGCGCAAUGGAGCAUCGAUCGUAGCAAUAUGGAGAAUAUGCGCAUCACAAAAGAUUCGGCGGGCGGUGCACUGAAAGUGAUGAUUGAGGAGGGUAUGGAGUCGCCUCCGCGUCGUUAUUCGUAUUCACCGGCACCGGCUGGUCAUUUUCCGGAAGAGUUGGCAACCACAGCACCGUCGGGUAUGCUGUCGUGGGACGAUGUGCGCGUACGUUACGAAUACUACAAGAGUCGCGGCUACUUGAGAGAUUUGGAUCUCAAGGACUACAUAAAAUGGGAGGAAUGGUGGUAUAAAUAUCAGGAGUGGUUAAAACAGGAACGCUAUUACGAGUACUGGGAUCGCAGUCAGCAGAUGCGACGACGCCGUAAGAAGCUGCCAGUUACUCAGCGAUUAAACUGAUACUGUCCCUCCCCACCCUCCACCACACCACCCAUAACGUAAAUUCAUUAACUCAUUUGGUUUUCUUUUCUCUCUAACCUACUUAUUCUUCUUCUCUCAUUCAUUUUGUACGUUUCACCCCUCGUGUUUUUAACUCUUAAUCAUCUCACAAUAUCCAUCUCUCAGACUUGCAUAACUAUUAUCAUUUCGAUUUUAUACAUUUAGAAUGUAUGAAAAGGCAUUUUGCCCACAACUUUUGUAUUGAAUUACUAAUUUACAUAUAUUUAUGUAUGUGUAUGUAAUAAGCGCAAUCAUUUCACGUCGCCCACUGUGACGUCUAAUGAAAGAUGCGCCAGUAUGAUAUAUAUUUAUCUAAAAUAAUGGUUAAUAUCAAAGUUUUAUCCAACUGACACAUUUGUCAGUUAUGUUGUAUAUGUAUGUGCGUGUUACUUUUUUUCAGGCAACCCACAGACAUUUGUAAACACACUAAAUAAUAUACAUAUAGCUACAGAAAUCAAAUAAAAUGAUUUAUAAGAAAA